AAUAAGAAAACAUAGUAGAAAACAUUUUGUUAUGUGUAGAGUUGCUUUUCAAGGAAAGAAUAACAAGCUGCCGUAUGAAUAUGAGUUCAUAUCAUGUGAUCUUUUGUUUUACAACCCACGGCGUCUGCUUCCUGAGGAACCACACAGGACGAGGAACCAGAAAAGGAAUAAAAACAACACAAGGAUCGUGUUACGCUACAUGUUCCCCAUUAGGAAUGCACGAUAUUGGACUCUAAGUGAUAUCAGGUUGGAUAUUUCUAGGGAUAGUUGGUACGCCGAUAUAUAUACAUAUUUCUUCCACCUAAUUGAAGAGAGCAUGAAGUGUCUCUCCUGGAGGAGUUAAAGGACUCUGGAGGUUCUGUGUUGUGCUCUUUGUGUCCAGUUUGCAACCAGAAGUCAGUGGGAGGGCCCGGACCCCUACAGUAACCCAGAGAGGAUCCUCCUGCUCCACCCCCAGCAGAGCUCCACCUCAGCUCAGAAAAACAAUCCUCUUUUUAUUAUUAUUAUUUUUUUUUUAUGUCCGUUUGCGGCCUUCAUCGGCUCCCAGAUGACAGCAGGGGGACUAUAACUCCCUCCUUGUGCAAACAGCUUGCCCAAACAGACGCGAAGUGACAAUGUUCAGAGCGCCCUGCCCUCCUAUUCCUCCUCGUCGUCACUGAAAAAUCCUUCCUCAUAAAAAAACAAAAACACAACACUUCCUCACACCGCUCGGCCCAGCUGCUGCUGCUGCUGCUGCUGCUGUGUCCAGAUGAAAACCAAACUGCGCUCGGCCCACAUGCGACAUCAGCUCCUCUCCAACACAUUUUCGGCGCCGUAAUCGCUCCCGGGACACCGGAUGUGCUGCUUCUUCUGCUGGGAGAGAGAGAGGGAGAGUGAGAGAGACAGAGGCGGAGAGAGGGAGAGAGGAGCGACGCGGCGGCAGUGGAGGAGCCCAGAAUGAAAGAGGCGCGGCGGGGAGGGGAGGAAACGCGGACCGAAGCGGAGAGGCGCUGGUGUUUUUACUGAGUUUUUGUCGGGAGGCGUCAUACGGGCGUUAAGAGAGCGGAGGGAAAGUUGAUGAAGAGGAGAGAACAGAUGAUGAUGGUGAUGAUGGUGGUGAUGAUGAUGAUGAUGAUGAAGCUUUCGGUUCACGCGCCUCCCGAGCAUCGACUUCCUACCAGACUGACUGCUGCUGGAGUGGAGGUGGUCUGAUCUCACUUCCCUGGAGAUGCCGCUCCCUCAGGGCGUGCUGCUCUGCCUGGGCAUGCUGCUGCUGUCUGUUGGGGGUGUCCUGGCCCUGUGCGUGGGACUGCCCUACCACUCAGCCCCGCUGUUUGGAGUGGGACUCUUCCUGGGCCUGGGCGGCGUGGGCCUGCUGGUCAGUGGGGUCUGCAUGGCCAUGAGGAAUCUGCAAGUGGCCGUUCCGGGACACUUCCUCCUGCACCCUCGCACGGGCACCCGCUUCAGCCCACGGCAGUCCAUGGCUAUACAAAGGAGGUUGGACCGAAUUCGUCGGGAGAUGUCAGAGGACUCCGUCAGCAGGAUACCGGAUCCCGAACCUCCUCUCCCAUCCACCCCUCCGCCCUGGACGAUGGAGCCGCCUCCAUCCUACGACACAGUGAUGAAGAGCCAGGAGCGCAGCGAGCAGCUUUAACCUCUCACUCUGGCCGACAUCUUUACUUUGUGUCAGUGC